UGACAAUUGCUUAAAGCUUUUUAAAUUAUGAAUCAUAGCAUAUUUAUAUAAUCAAAUAUGUUAUUCUGUAUUUUCUUUUGAUUUUUUUAUGACAAUUUAUUUAAUAAUCUUAAGUUAAUGUUGUCUAAUCUGAAUUUAUUGAUUUUCUGUGAAUACAGUUGUCAGAUGGAUAUGCAAUUUUACUAACAGUGAAAACAAAACUUGAAUGCAGGAUUUAAAGAUGACUGAAGACUCGAAAGUCACCAUACCAGCUGAGGUUCAAGAAACAAUCAGCAAAGUUUUGGUAUCUGAUGAUCCCCUGGAUCAAUGUGACUUCGAUGCUAUUGAAUAUAUCAAUACCAUUUUCCCAACAGAACAAUCAUUAACUAAUAUUGAUGAUGUGCUGUCUAAAAUGAAAGAUAAAAUUAGAAAUUUAGAUCAGGAUAUAAGACGAGUCGUUAGAGGCCAAAGUGAUGUUGAAACUGAAGGUAGAGCAGCUUUGGAUGAAGUUAGAAGAGUCAUUGGAGUAUUGACAAGUAACAUUGGUGAAAUGAAAGAACAGGCGAAGAAAUCGGAACAAAUGGUUAAUGAAAUCACCGCUGAUAUAAAACAAUUAGAUAAUGCUAAAAGAAAUUUAACUUCAUCCAUCACCAUGCUUAAUAAUCUCCAUAUUUUGGUUGAAGGAGUUGACAAACUCAGUGAGGCUUGUACAAAACGUAAUUAUGGCACUGCUGCUGGGAUUCUUCAAAGUGUUAAUGAUGUUUUAAAUCAAUUGGAUAAACAUCGGCAUAUACCCCAAAUUAAGCAGCUUGUAGGUCAAAUCAAUGGUAUAACUGAUCAGUUAGCAGAACAAAUCAAGGCUGAUUUUAAAAGUGUUAUCGAAGGUAGACCUAAAUCCAAACAAGGAGCAGCCAUUUCACAAAAUCAAUUAAGACUUUUGGCUGAAGCCUGUCUUGUUGUCUCUACUAUGAACCCAGAUGGUGAAAAAAAUUUAGUGAAAGAUCAACUUCUCGAAUGGUUUAUUGACUCUGAACUAGAAGAAUACAAAGCUCUUUUCCAAGAUAAUCAAGACCUAGCCUGGUUGGAUAAAAUUGACAAACGUUAUAACUGGUUGAAAAAGCAUUUGAUUGAAUUCGAGGAAAGAUUUGGCCGCAUGUUUCCUCCUAAAUGGGAAGUCAGUGAAUGUAUUGCAGUUGAAUUUUGUAAACUUACUGCCAAUCAGCUGAGCAAAGUAAUGAUGAAUCGAGCCAAUGAAAUGAAUGUUAGACUCUUGUUAUUUGCAUUUGAUAAAACUAGUGCCUUUGAAAAUUUGCUAAAUCAAAGGUUUACUGGGGUAACUCUGAUUAACGACGAAAUGAGCAAAGAAAACCUAUUGAACCCUUUUUCUGGGUUGAUAACACACUGUUUUGAGCCGCAUCUUAAAAUUUAUGUUGAAGCUCAGGAAAAAAAUUUAUCCCAAUUGAUCGAUGAAUUCGUGGAUAAAUAUCAAAAGCAAAAAUUCACCAACGACCGUAAUGUUUCCGAAGUUUUUCCUUCGGCUGGAAUGCUUUUUUCACAAUAUAAAAACUGUCUGGUGCGAUGUGUCCAAUUAAGUACGGGUCGACCACUUGUUGAAUUAUCAUUCAAAUUUAAAAAGAAUCUUGAAGAAUAUGCUACGCGUGUUUUAAAUAACAAUUUACCUCGUUUGAAGACUACUAGUCUUUCGGCUAGCGGUGUUUCUGUUAUCAAUGCAGCUAUCUCGGCGACUGGACUUUUGCAGAUUAGUUUAAAAGAAGGAGAAGUUGUUCGCUAUACAAAACAAGAACUCUGCCAAAUCUGUUGUAUCCUUUUAACUGCUAAUUAUUGUUUGGAAACUGUGCAACAAUUGGAAAAAAAGCUUCAAGAAAAAGUGGACAAACAAUAUUUGGAUAAAAUAAACUUAAGCUCAGAACAAGAUUUAUUUCAUAGGAUAAUUUUAAACUGCAUUGACCUUUUGAUUCAAGAUAUUGAAUCAGGGUGUGAAUUGGGCUUUUCUUUAAUGAUCAAGACUCAAUGGUCAACCAUAGGAACACCGAUUGAUCAAAGUCCUUAUGUAAAGUUGAUUGUGGACAAUUUACAGCAGAUAUUUCCAUUUAUUAGGGAGAAUUUACAAGAUGCGAGAAAAUAUUUUACCCAACUGUGCAAUAGAUUCGCUCAAGUCUUCAUUCCAAAAUUUAUUGGCUACUUGUUCCGUUGUAAGCCAUUACGCCAGGAAGGUGCUGAACAAUUGCUUCUCGAUACACAUUUGUUGAAGAAAGUAUUACAAGAAUUACCUGGUUGGGAAUCAAAUGUUAAAUCAGCUCCAGCAAGUUAUGUGAAAGAAGUGAUUCGAGGAAUGACCAAGGCUGAAAUGAUUCUGAAAGUCGUUCUUGUUCCUCAUCGAGAUGUCAACCAUUAUAUUGAAAGUUACGCAAAGCUUUUACCAGAUUCAAAUAUGGAGGAGUUUGUCAAAAUUUUAGACAUGAAAGGAGUUAGGCGACCAGAAUCAACUUUAAUCAUUGAUUCUUACAAAUCAUUAUUAAUAAAAUGAAAUAUUUAUAAAAUUAUGCUAAACAAUUAUUAAUAAUUCCUGAAGGUGAUUCUUAUCAUCCAAGUUAGUCACCUAAUAUUGAUCAAGAAUUAAGUAAAACUGAGAGACUUGAAAAGCUCAUCAGCAUAUCUUGACCCAACCUAUUAUUUAUUUACAAAGUUAUUUAUUUUCUAGAUAAAUUGUAAUUUUAAUCAAUUGUGAAAUCAUUAUACAGUCAAAUGGACAAUUUAAAGUCAAUUUAAUAUCAUUUUAUGCUGAUAUUAAAAGUAAUAUAUUAUUUAAGCCAUUAA